UGGGUUUGGCGGACGCUAGGAGAACGCUACCUGCCCGACUGUAUAGUGCCAACUGUACAGUUUGGUGGAGGAGGAAUAAUGGUCUGGUGCUGUUUUUCAUGGUUCGGGCUAGGCCCCUUAGUUCCAGUGAAGGGAAAUCUUAACGCUACAGCAUACAAUGACAUACUAGACAAUUGUGUACUUCCAACUAAGUGGCAACAGUUUGGGCAAGGCCCUUUCCUGUUUCAGCAUGACAAUGCCCCCAUGCACAAAGCGAGGUUCAUACAGAAAUUGUUUGUCAAGAUCGGUGUGGAAGAACUUGACUGGCCUGCACAAAACCCUGACCUCAACCCCAUCGAACAUCUUUGGGAUUAAUUGGAACGCCGACUGUGAGCCAGACCUAAUCGCCAGUGCCUGACCUCUCUAAUGCUCUUGUGGCUGAAUGGAAGCAAGUCCCCGAAGCAAUGUUCCACCAUCUAGUGGAAAGCCUCCCUCAAGAGUGGAGGCUGUUAUGGCAGCAAAGGGGGACCAACUCCAUAUUAAUGCCCAUGAUUUUGGGAUGAGAUGUUCGACGAGCAGGUUUCCACAUACUUUUGGUCAUGUAGUGUACUUGCACUAAGAUACACUACAGAUUAAUGCAGUCAGCUGUUCUUUUUUCUUUUUCUGUGGAAUUCAUUAAGCUUUUGUUUGUUUCAAUUAUAUUUUGUUAACAUGGGUUUGAAACAUACUAUUGAGUGAUUUUGUGCAAUAUAACAUGAAGUGGCAAUACUAUAAGGGUGAUGUUUAUCUAUUUUGAGCUCAUUGGCAUUUGUCUAACAUGCUUAAAUUGUGUAUUCAAUUAUUUCUACGGUAACAAUGUGCUUGGAGAAAUGUGAUCAUCAUCUCAAGCAGCAAUAUGGACUCCAUGCUUUAAUAGAUGUAGGAAUUCAUUGUUUUUUCCAAUGGAACCUUGAGAAUGAGCUUUUGGAAAAUAUCAAUGGUUUAACUUAUGUUUGUUUAAAUAAAGGGAUAUUCUGUGUUUGGAAAGCCCUGUAAUCUGUAUUGUUUCUUGUCUCUUGCAGUUUUAUUUUCACAUUUGAAAACUGCCCUAUUUGUACCAUAUCUCACAAUGCCCACUUGGAAGUGUCAAUGCAUUUACAAUGUACUAGCUAUAUUCUACGUCUACUACAUUUACAGUGUACUAGCUAUAUUCUACGUCUACUACAUUUACAGUGUACUAGCUAUAUUCUACGUCUACUACAUUUACAGUGUACUAGCUAUAUUCUACGUCUACUACAUUUACAGUGUACUAGCUAUAUUCUACAUCUACUACAUUUACAGUGUACUAGCUAUAUUCUACAUCUACUACAUUUACAGUGUACUAGCUAUAUUCUACAUCUACUACAUUUACAGUGUACUAGCUAUAUUCUACAUCUACUACAUUUACAGUGUACUAGCUAUAUUCUACAUCUACUACAUUUACAGUGUACUAGCUAUAUUCUACAUCUACUACAUUUACAGUGUACUAGCUAUAUUCUACGUCUACUACAUUUUACACAGUAAAAGGGCACAAUAACCAAGAUUACUUUUAUAGCAUGAAAUCUGUUCAAAUCCAGUUAUUUAUCAAUCAAUAAUAAAUCCAAGCUAUGGCGUAGUUGUCCUUUUCAUUAGUUUCUGGCAGCACAGUUAACUGAAAGACAAGAAAACAACAUCCUGGUGAGACAUUAACCAUGCCAUGUGAAUGAUUGAGGGAAUCAGCAUAACGUUUAUGCCAUUGUUGUGAAUGCAUGUCUGACUCAACAUGUCAAUACACACUGAAGACUUUGAUCUGAAACUACAGGAGAAAAAGUUGUUGAAAUCUGCUACCUUUGGCAAUGUACUUGGGAGAGACUGAAAGUCAAGUUCGUUUUGGUUGUAUACAAUCAGACACGGAGGGUUCUACCUAUGGGCACUGGGCUGUUUGUGAUGGCCGUGUCUCAGUGGAUGUUCUGUGCUGCAGUGCUGCUCCUCCUCGUCCAGUGGCUCCAGUGUUCUCCGACUCCCCCUGCCUGUCCUGAGUCCUGCCUUUGUCAGAGAGGUCCUCUGUUAAACUGUUCCUCUGCUGGCCUUUCCAAGGCCCCACAACACAUCCCUUCCACCGUAAAUGAUCUAGACCUAUCUCACAACCUUCUGAACUCCCUUGAACCCUCGUGGCCAAGUUGGGGGCUUAAUAAUCUAUGGCUUGGACACAACAGCAUCACUCACCUAUCUCUGUGUGUGGGGAGGAACUGGAGAGGUAAACAUGGGAGAAUACCCCUCUCACACAACAGAGGAAGAUGUGUAUCCUGGGCCCCGGCCCUGCAGCUGCUGUCUGCUGAGAGGAACCAGCUAGAGAUAAUCCCUGAGGGCCUGGGAGGCAGUGAGUUCCUGCAGGUGCUUCAGCUCUCCCACAACAGGAUCUCUGGCCUGCAACCUGGAGAUCUUUGCAGGUGCCCCCAUCUGAGAGAGCUUUGCCUGCAGCACAACCACAUCUCCAACAUCCACCCACAUGCCCUCAGGGACCUCCCAGAGCUCAAGGUCCUGGAUCUGAGCUUCAACCUGUUGACCACAAUCUCUCCAUCCGCCUACCUGUCGCUACGUAACCUGAAUGCCCUGGUGGAGGUGAGUGGUAACAGGUGGAGGUGUGACUGCAGCCUGCGGAGCGUGAGGAGGUGGAUGGCCUACGAUAGGCAAAGGGCCCAACAGCAGAUCUGGAGGGGGGUGGUGUGUUCCUCCCCCUCCACCCACACAGGUAGAGACCUGCUACACUUGGAGGACAGUGACCUCACCUGCUCUACAGCGGAGAACAGGGAGGGGCUCCACCAGGAUGUGACAGUGACUGAGGGGACAGAGAUCCUGCUGCCCUGCGGCACCCUGCGGCAAGAUUCAACAUGGUGGACGACUAAUGGACAAGUUUCUGGAAGUCAGAUGGGCCUGCUGAUCAGUGACAUCACAGAGGAAGACGCAGGGCUGUACGUGUGCAUGUCUGGGCCAGAAGAGCAGUAUAUAUCUGUAUUUAACAUCCAUGUUCAUAAGGCACAGAGGAAAAGCAGAGGCACCAGGAGUUUACACUGGGAGAGGAAGCUGAUAAACACACAGGUAGGCAGCCUACAGAGGGAGGGUCAGGGGACAGACCUGAACUCUCUAGAUCUCUACAGGGCUUCUCAGAGAACACAGUCUGACCUGGUCCUGGCUGUCUGCCUGUCUGUAUUCAUCACCUUCCUGUUAGCAUUUAUACUUGGUGCUCUUGCCAGACCUCUCCUGGACCCUCUCUGGAGGAGGUGCUGUAACCGUACCAAGCAAAGCUCCUCCCCAGCCCAGUCGGUCUCCUCUGGUGGGCAGGGGCCCUACGACAAUGGCGCCUAUUCAGAUGAGGCGCAGGAGGAACUAGGAACACACAGGGAGAGUAGAGUGACAUUCAGAGGACAUCCUUCAGAAAUAAGGGAUCAGAGUAGCAUUCCAUACUAUGAUACGGUGGCCAAUGGCAGACAGGACAACCUCGCUGGGGAAUAUGAUGCAACAUAUGAGAAUGUUUAUGCAAAGGAUAUCUCACACCCCUCCCUUGAGGUCCAUCACCCACCUGACGAGAAGCCCAGGGCACAGGACUCUGUCAGCUCAGGCAGCUCCCAACAGGACAGCCCAGAGCCAGACACCCAUAGUGGAGAACUCUCUGAUGUCUCUCUGAGUGAACCACAAGUGGGUGCUCACCCAGUUCAUACCCACCAUGGCAUGGAGUUUGAACCCAUCCCUGACCCAGAACAGUUGCAGGGAUAUCGAAGCUCGUCCGUGUCUUCACACUCUGACCAGGAGAGGCUGGAUAGGGAUCAGGAUAUGCACUGGCCCAAAAACUAUUUGGCUCAAAGAUUGGAAGAGAAGUGCAAGACCCAGAACAAUCCCUGGGAGCAUCAAUCCCCCCAGAAGGAAGAUGACUCAUUUGAGCAGAGUUCAGAUUUCCCUAUGGUUAAACAAGUUGAUGUGCCACAGAUCAAGAUCGGCAGCGUGGGUGAGAUCCCUGAAUUUACAGCUGAGCCCUUUACGGAUUGGAAACCAAUCAAGGCAGAUCCAAACCCCAUGGAGCCUGAGCUGUGGAAUGAUAGUGGAGAGAGCUUUGAGUUCCCUGAUUCUAUCCGAGGUGCAUCGGCACAGUCCAGCAGUCAAGAUCUCUCGGGUUCUGCUUUUGACGAUCAGUUGAGAAAGAAGUAUGAACAAGCUCGGAAUGAAGAACCACUGGUGAAAGACCAGAGGGAGAAUAAUAACCUGCUGGAGCUGAACUUAAGUUACAGUGGGAAUGAACCUACAGUUUACACUGUGAACCCAGAGACGGAGGUAGUGAAGGAGAAGAUGAUUGUCCAGAAUGUGGGUGAACUGAUACAGGAAGUUCAGAGUGCUCUGAAAACACAGGAGUGCUAUGAUAUGUCCAGUGAUCGUGGGGAUGAACCCACAAAGUACACAGUGAACGAGGACGAUUCAGCUCAAGUUCCAGAUGUCAUGUACAGGGAUCCAUCUCUCAGUCUUGGCACCAAAGAGACAGUGUCUCCAAGGAAAACUCUCAAUAUUGGCUUUAAGAAAUACACCAAGCCCCUUCCACAACUGUCUUUGCCAAAAACAUCCCUCCCUUUCUCCACCUCUUCAGACUCUCAAACUCAACUAUUCUAUGUCCCCCCACUUGGGAGACGUCUGGAUAGCCAUCCCCCUCAGGAAGCUCCACCUGCUGCCCCAAGAACACCCCCACCCUCUGGUUCAUCCUCUUCUAGAACCGGGAGCGAGGAUGAGACUACAAUGAACCGAAUAAGAAAAGAGAAAGCUAAGAUCCCUGACGUCACAUAUAGGGAUUACUCUCUCAGAUCUGGAGACACAUCAACUAAAGUAUCUUUCUCUCCAAGAAAAUAUCUAAAUAUUGGCUUCUCCAGCGAGAGUUCUCAAUAUCAACAUGAGUCUGUGACAAGGUACGAGAGUGUCACCAGAACAAAGGGUGUAGACUUUGAUGAAGACAGCAAGCUUCGUCCCCAAAUGUCUUUGCCCAAAACAUCACUCCUUUCCACCACCUCCUCAGACAGGGUCAGAGCUGAAGAGCCAUCAGUUAAAAUCUACAUCCCUGAAUUUAGGAGACGUCAGAAUAUUCAGCCCCCUCAGGAAGCUCCACCUGCCAAAUCAUCCUCUUCCAGCUGUGAGAGUGGAGAUGAGACUCCAAAACACACAAUGAAACCAGCUAAAGCCAUCACAGAUUAUUUUUCCCCAAGGAGAACACUCAAUAUCAGCUUUAACAACUCAGCCAGUACCACAGAUGAGGUGGAGAGGAAGACCGAAGCAGAGGACAGGUGGGAUCAGCCAAGGCUUGGUAAAGUGAAGGCGCUGUCAGAGAGAACACGAAGGGACACAGAGGAAAGUUCUACAGACAUGAAUGUUUCUUUCUCCCAAAUAAGAGCACUCAAUAUCAACUUUGAUGCCUUAGACAGCAGCACAGACGAGGUGGGGAGGAGUACCGGAGCAGACUACAGUAAUCCUACUGAAGAAAUCAGUCCCUCUCCCCAACUGUCAUUGUACAAAACACAAUUUUUCUCUACCCCCACAGAUGAGGCGAGGCCUAGAGGAGAGUAUUCACUCCAAAUUCCCCUACACAGGAAGCGCUUAGUUGUAGACAUCCAGCCCCCCCUGGCUCUACCGGAUGCCCCAGCAACACCUCCACCAUCCCCAGAGGGAGAGGAGGCAGCAGGGUCUGGGUGGAGGAGUAGGGAACAACAGAUGAGAGCCAUGGAUGGAUUUGGCUGUAACUCCAUGACACAGGGAGACAGGAGCUAUAUGGGGUUAGUGGUUGCUAAACCAUUCGGCAUAUCUCGUCCAUAUCAGAGCGUUACCUCAGAAACCAUUAUGACCACCCGGUGUAGAGAGGUCUCUACCUCUGGUGACCUCAAUAUGACCUACUCCAACUCCACCCUCCAUUUUGAAACACACAAAGAGGGCAGUGAAGCUUGAGAGCUACAACUGUAAUUGUUUGUACUGAUUAAAGAAAUCCCCUGAGAAGUUAAUGAGUUGAGAGCUACAACUGUAAUUGUUUGUACUGAUUAAAGAAAUCCCCUGAGAAGUUAAUGAGUUGAGAGCUACAACUGUAAUUGUUUGUACUGAUUAAAGAAAUCCCCUGAGAAGUUAAUGAGUUGAGAGCUACAACUGUAAUUGUUUGUACUGAUUAAAGAAAUCCCCUGAGAAGUUAAUGAGUUGAGAGCUACAACUGUAAUUGUUUGUACUGAUUAAAGAAAUCCCCUGAGAAGUUAAUGAGUUGAGAGCUACAACUGUAAUUGUUUGUACUGAUUAAAGAAAUCCCCUGAGAAGUUAAUGAGUUGAGAGCUACAACUGUAAUUGUUUGUACUGAUUAAAGAAAUCCCCUGAGAAGUUAAUGAGUUGAGAGCUACAACUGUAAUUGUUUGUACUGAUUAAAGAAAUCCCCUGAGAAGUUAAUGAGUUGAGAGCUACAACUGUAAUUGUUUGUACUGAUUAAAGAAAUCCCCUGAGAAGUUAAUGAGUUGAGAGCUACAACUGUAAUUGUUUGUACUGAUUAUAGAAAUCCCCUGAGAAGUUAAUGCAGCAGAUGAAAGUUGUUAAAACGUAAGUUGUUUAUUUUAAUUACAGAAUUAUACUGUUAUUACAUUGUUGUAAAUGAGUAACACCAGACAUGUUUGUCUUAAUGAAAAUAGCUGUUUAAGUGACUGAAUUAUUUCAGACUGAGGCAAAUAAAAGGUGGGACCAUUAAAACCCAAUUUCCCAGAUUCAUAUCCACCUACUUUACUCACUCAGUACCCUACUCCCCUCUAUUUUGCUACAAAAUUGUCUUUAUGACACUAUCAUAAAUAAACCUGUAAUGAAAGUCGCCCAUAUUGUGUUUGAUGUUUUUAUAUAAGUUGAUCUAUGGGUACCUGGAUAAUAAGGUGCACACAUGACGUAGCAAUUACUGUGGUAAUGCAAUAGUAAAAAUACAUUAGGCCUACAGUAGCGGAAUCAAACAUGAUCCUGUGCAAUUUAAAAACACAGAACGAACAUCUCAUCACAAACCACAUUUGAAUCUUUCUGUAAAGGAAGAUGGCAAAGCAAAAAUGAAUGACAACAGUAAGUUAAUAUAGAGAUACUGUAGGUUACAGUGAAAACACAUACUGUACAUACAUAUACAGUCAGGACAGGGUUGUUCAACUUCCUGCAUUACCAAUGUAGAACACCAUCUGAAUUAGACUUAUUGGUGCGCAGUCCAGCCACUAGCUCCAUCUCCAAAAACCUAAUAUAGAUAAAUAUACUGAUGACUGGACAGGACAGCCAAAGCAUCAUGGAUCACUGAUAGGUGGAGAUCUCAUGUGACCUUACUACUUCAUAAAUUGAUCAAUUUACUGUAUAUGCUUUAGUUGUGGAUAAGAUGCCACUGGGUUUGACCAAUUCAUGAUUGACAUGUCAAAAGAUCUGACACCAUUCUUACAACACAGUCUCAUGUUAAUUUCAGUUCAUGUCCAUUUGUUUGAGAGACUGACUUUGUUGUUUUUACUGUGUGUGAUAGGGGGAGGGGUUGGCAAAUGAAGGAGGGAACUCUUCUUCCUCAAAUGAGGUUACAUGUGUGUUUCAGCUCUGAAUAUACACAAUCAUGGUUUUCAUAAAGCGUUAAGACAACAUGGAGGAUAUCAAAUGAAGCACAAAUUCCUGUACAAAAAACAAAACAAUUUUUCAAAAAUCUCAUCCAUUCUGACGGAGAGCGUGCAACGUUUCACUCAUGACAAUUGAGCGCCACAUCACAGCCAGAGAAAAGUUUAUACAUGUGUUACAAGAACAUUAGCAAAAGCAUAGCAUCGUCACAGGGGUCUAACUCUAACCCUUCAAUGUCCAUGGUCUAACUCUAACCCUUCAAUGUCCAUGGUCUAACUCUAACCCUUCAAUGUCCAUGGUCUGACUAACCCUUCAAUGUCCAUGGUCUAACUCUAACCCUUCAAUGUCCGUGGUCUAACUCUAACCCUUCAAUGUCCGUGGUCUAACUCUAACCCUUCAAUGUCCAUGGUCUAACUCUAACCCUUCAAUGUCCAUGGUCUGACUCUAACCCUUCAAUGUCCAUGGUCUAACUAACCCUUCAAUGUCCAUGGUCUAACUAACCCUUCAAUGUCCAUGGUCUGACUCUAACCCUUCAAUGUCCAUGGUCUAACUAACCCUUCAAUGUCCAUGGUCUAACUCUAACCCUUCAAUGUCCAUGGUCUAACUCUAACCCUUCAAUGUCCAUGGUCUAACUCUAACCCUUCAAUGUCCAUGGUCUAACUCUAACCCUUCAAUGUCCAUGGUCUAACUAACCCUUCAAUGUCCAUGGUCUAACUCUAACCCUUCAA